GCUGUGCCCGGGCGGGUUCCUGGCGCCGCUGUAGCCGCGGGGCUUUGAGCUGCUGCGGGGAAGAAAGGACGGCAAGAGUGGCGGUAACGGGCGCCUUGAGGCGCUGGUUCAGUGGGGCAGUGGUAAGGGCUGGGCUGAAGUGUUCCCCGCAGGCUGCUGAAGGACUGGUGUUUGGAAAAGGGGAUUUAAGGCUUCGAAAAAUCACAGAAUCACAGAAUGUUAGGGAUUGGAGGGGACCUCGAAAGAUCAUCCAGUCCAAUCCCCCUGCUGGAGCAGGAACACCUAGGUGAGGUUACACAGGAAUGUGUCCAGGCGGGUUUUGAAUGUCUCCAGAGUAGGAGACUCCACAACCUCCCUGGGCAGCCUGUCCCAGUGCUCUGGCACCCUCACUGAGAAGAAGUUUCUUCUCAUAUUUAAAUGGAACCUCUUGUGUUCCAGCUGGAACCCAUUACCCCUUGUCCUAUCAUUGGUUGUCACCGAGAAGAGCCUGGCUCCAUCCUCGUGACACUCAUCCUUUAUAUAUUUAUAAACAUUGAGGUCACCCCUCAGUCUCCUCCAAGCUAAAGAGCCCCAGCUCCCUCAGCCUUUCCUCAGUAGGGAGAUGCUCCACUCCCUUCAUCAUCUUCGCGGCUGAAGGGCACGUUGGCUUUUCUGAAAUCCCCCAGUCUCGUUUCUCGUGCUGCGGUUUGUUGCUGUAGCUGCUCUGAGGGAACUAAAACUCUGCUGUCAGAAUCGCCCCACAGUAACAAAGGGCUCCGCGUUCCCUGGCGCAGCCCGUCUGCUCCUCUCUCCCUCCCCACCCUGCAGGGAUGCUCUCAUCAGUUACGCUCUCUAAACUCACAUGGCGCUAUUUAGAUAUUGCACAGAAAAGGAAAUGGUUUGGUAAAUCAAAUAACCGAUUCACUGGUAGGUGUUUGGCUUCCUAGAACCAGUUUUUAUUUCCUGUAGUUGUUUGGAGAAUUCCCCUAAUUACACUUUUUCACUUUGUGUGCAGCCUCCCCGUAAAUAAGACAAGACUCUGGUGGUGUUUCUGUGCCGUCCUAGGUCAUCGUGUGAUGUAAUUUAGUGUUAACAGGAGUAGCACACAGCAUCAGUUGAUCAGUUCAGAAAAUGUUUUUUGAGUAAACUUUAUAUUGGACUAAAUUAUAUAUUUAUUGUACAUUAAGUUUUUAUUAGUGGGAAUAAGUAGAUCCACUUCUAUAACCAUAAGCGUAGUCUAACCUGUUAGAUUAUGAUGGUCUGGAGUCAUGUGUUAGUGGCUAAUUUUCUCCAGUAUUGAAGUGAUUGUCAUUCUUAUUUUUUCAACAGUUAAUCUCAUCUAAUUUUGCCGAGUAGUUAUAUUUUCUAAUUAUUCCUUAAUGCUCAAUACCUUGUUCUCUGAUGCUCACUUUCUUCUUUUUCCCUGCCCUGAUCUUCUAGGGUCCAAAAAAGAAAAAAAAGUCCGGUGGCAAAAAUAAAGUUAGUAAAGCUGAACAACUGAGAUUACAGAAAGAAGAAGAAGAAAGGAGGCUGAAAGAGGAAGUCCCUAUGGCAGCAAAGAAAAACUAAAACUGGGAUCAGAAGUCACUGAUCCUGAAGAGGAUUUCAACAAAUAGCUGUAAGAUUGAAGUUGUAUGGAACCAAAGGCUGUAGGAAAGGAAAAGAGUCACUUUGAGCUGAACCAUUCAGACAGUUUUACCCUUGAGUCCGGAUUAAGAAACUGGGUCCAUUGAAGCUGUAGAUAAGAGUGUGUUCCUGCUGCCAUUUCUGAGGGGAAAAAGAGGGCUUUCUGCUCCUCGUCUCCACUUGUGUUGUCAGAGACUGAUGUGGUAGCACCACAGGCAGUGUGUUUUAGUACUAUGAUUCAAAUUAAUUCAGCUCAUUGGGAAGAUUUCUGCACAAUAUAAUACACACAUCCAUGUUGUUCAUUAUUGUGGUUGUUUUGUCAUUGCAUCUAAUAAACAAAAGGUUUGUCUGGUUUUAUUAAGCAAAAUAUAACUGUGCUCUUGAUAUAUUUCCCAAUCUUCAGAGGAAGCCCAAAUUCAAGCACAACAAGAAGAAGCAGCAAGACUUGAAAAGGAGAGAAUUGAACAAGAGCUGAUGAAAAAGCUUGAGGCAAAAGAUCAGGAACGAAGGGAGUCUGAACUAGCAGAACUGCAUUCACUGGAACAGAAGUUUUUGUCUGCACAGCAGUGGAAAAGAGAUUACAGAGCAUACGCAAAGUGGGAGCAUUACCUCAGUUGUGAUGGAAAUCCUGACCCAACUGUACUGCAGGAAAUAAAUACUUUCAUGAGUUUAUGGCGUGACGAUCAAAAUGAGGACAUUCAACUUGUGAUGAAGAAGGGGGAACAGGUACUAAAUUUAAUAGAGAAGUUGCAGUUUCUUUUAUUGGACACACCACCAAAUGAGAUAACAGAGAAAGAAACACUCCAGUACCAGGAAUCUAUUCUGGAAUUGCAGAAUCUGCUGCAUCAGAAGUACAAUGGAGCUACAGACCACCUGCUUAAAUCAGGUAAUAUGCACGAAGAUGCUGACUCCGGAAAUAUGCAGGCAGUCAUAAAGGAUAAAAAUGUUACUUUAUGUAUUUGGGCCAAUCUGAAGAAGAAAGUAAGGUUCAAAAAUCACAUGUUUUAUGAUGCAAAGCAUGGAUUUGAUCUUUCAAAGUCACUGGCUGUGAACAGUGUUGCUGUUCGUAUAUUGCAUACUCACUAUGAUCAUGUAUCUCCACUUUGGCUGCAGUGUCAGAGUGUGCCCAAAUUGGAAGUCUUAGAUAGCCAAGAGUUAACUCAGCAUUCAAAAGACAAUGUCGAAGAACCAGAAGAAGAGGAAAAGAAAGCCAAAGAAGAGCUCAACCUGCCUGCUGAAGGAGAAACGUGUUCUGAUAGGAGAAAGUCUGCUAUCUCAUUCAAAGAAAACGGCGAUAGGCCAGCUGGUGUAAAUGAGACAACAGAGGAGGAAAUUAGGAGGAAAUCAGAAACCUUGGACAUACCAUCACAAGUUCAGGAUCCACUGCUACAGGAAGAGACGAAUGAAAAAGAAGAGAUGAAUGAAAAAGAAGAGACUAAUGGAAAAGAAGAGACAAUAACCGAUGAAAACAUUGUUGAUUUGCAACAGUUCGUACCGGUGGGUGGUGUGUACCACAUUGAUGUGCUGCGGCUUCCACCUCAGGUCAAACAAAUCAAUGACUGGAGCAUGGUGGAGUUACUUGAUGUUGGAUUAGAGGCAUACCCAUAUCCCCCAGAAGAGGCUGAAGAUGCUGCACAGCCACUGAUAAAGAUAACCCUUGGGCUUUCUGACAGUGUGAUGUAUUUCGAAGAUCCUGUGAUAGCCCGGUGGGAUCCUGCAGGCCAACAGUGGAGAACUGAUGGCAUUAGCAAUAUAACGUAUGAAACCCAAGAAAGGAGCGUCACCUUUGCGAUGAGUGCCUUUUAUACAGUAGCACUUCUCCAGGAUGCUCAUCUCAACAUGCCCUAUCAGGCAUGGGAACUGCGACCUACUGGUGUGGAUGAAGCAAUACUUGUAGUUGCUGCAGUCUUUGCGACAAUUCGGAUACACAUUAAGGGUAAUCAGUGUAUGUUGUCUUCAGUAGUGGUGGAAAAGAAGAAUGUGCUUUCCCACAUCACAGGAAAAUGGAUAAGUCCAGUUGACCUAAGAGCAGUUUUGAAAAAAGCUGGUGUGAAUAUUUUCCCAGGAGAGUAUUCUCACAAGUAUGUCUCUGUGAGCCAGAAGGCUCCCCUAGCAGAAGUUAGGGCCUAUCAACAGAUGGCACUGGUUGCAUCUGCUUUUGCUUUUGCCUGGAGCAAAUGGAAUCUAGAAGCGGGUCAAGAGCAAGUAGUCUUCAAGGUAAGUGAGCACCUUAAAGCAGAUUCUGUCAGUGACAAUGACUGGUCUCUUUACCUGUUUAAUGGUCAAAAAGCACAAAAGCUCAAGAUCACUGAAACCAGUGAAGCUUUUUCAGAAGAGCUAGAAGAAGAUUCAGAAUUUCAUUCCACACUCCUCCAUAUGCUUAAGGACUUUGCCAGCCAAGAAGCAAUUGAUAAAGUGGAAACAGCUAACUUCUUGUUUAUUGAUGUUGUGUAUCAGCUACUACUUGCUACAAGGGUUUUAACAUACUCUUAAACACUGCAUGCUUUCCUUUAAAACUUUAUUAUCAAAGGCAUUCAAUAAAGUUACAUUUUGAGUGCUGAA